AAUUCUUUGGCUCAUUUAUUUCGACUCCCCACUUAGUUUCUUUAGCUUGAAUUAAUUCGAGGAGUGAUGGAAGAGCUCGCGGCGGCGGGAGGGCUGAGCCACCUCUUCAUGACGGUGUUCCUCUCCUGCUUUGCCAACUUCAUGGUGGUUCCGGCGAUCACUGACGUCACGAUGGACGCGCUUUGCCCCGGCGCCGACGAGUGCUCCCUCGCCAUUUAUCUCACCGGAGCUCAACAAGCUAUCGUAGGGUUGGGAUCGCUCGUGAUCAUGCCUUUGGUUGGGAAUCUUUCAGACACUUAUGGAAGGAAAGUCAUGCUCACUGUCCCCAUGACCCUCUCCAUCUUUCCCCUAGCUGUACUGGCGUACAGCAGGACCAGGUAUUACUUCUACGCUUACUACGUGCUCAAAACCCUCAUCGCCAUGGGGACUGAAGGAAGUCUUCAGUUUCUUGCUCUCGCGUACGUGGCGGAUACGGUUCCGGAGAGUAGGAGAGCAGCAGUGUUCGGAAUCAUGUCGGGGAUCGCUUCUUCUUCCUUCGUAUUUGGGAAUAUGUCGACUCGAUUACUCUCCACCUCCGCUGUCUUCAAGGCUGCGGCUGCAAUGUCUGUUGUGUCAUUGCUAUAUAUGAGGGUCUUUCUCCGAGAAUCAUUGUCGAACAAAAGGUGUAUUGCGAAGAGCACAGAAACCGAUUCUCUUCUGGAAAAGGCUCCUUCCAGAAAAUGGAAGCUUUUUAAGAACGUUCUUUCAGUGGAGGAUGCCAUUAGUCUAUUGAAAACUAGCUCCACUUUUUCGAAAGUAUCUGUGGUUGCUUUCUUCAUCAAUGUAGCAGAUGUUGGUCUAUACGCUUCUUUGAUGUACUUCUUGAAGGCUCAGUUUCACUUCAAUAAAGAUCAAUUUGCUGAUUUAAUGAUAAUUGCUGGAAUUUCUGGUUCAAUAUCACAGCUUAUCAUCAUGCCUAUAUUGACUCCGUUCAUGGGAGAAGAAAACAUGCUUUGUGUUGGACUUUUUUUCACCUGUGCUCACAUUUUGCUCUACAGCGUAGCGUGGGCACCUUGGGUUCCCUAUGCGGCUGCAUUUGUAACAAUUAUGGCGACAUUUGCACUGCCAUGUUUGAGGAGUAUUGCCUCCAAACAAACAGGACCAAGUGAACAGGGCAAGGUUCAAGGGUGCAUUACCGGCAUAGGCUCCUUUGCCAACAUCGUCUCCCCUAUCGCUUUCAGCCCCCUAACAGCUCUGUUUCUAUCAGACAAUGCACCAUUUCACUUCCCUGGUUUCAGCAUUAUGUGUUCCGGUUUAGCUGCAAGUAUAGCAUUUGCACAAAGCAUCAUGAUAAGGCCUCCCAAAGUUUGCAACAACAUCAGCACUCCAAGCUCCUCAUCCGAUCCCUUAGUUUGAGCGACUGCUUGGAAGUUCUGCUUUUGGCCUUUAAUUUUCCCUUAGGCGCAGAGAUUGCGAUGAGUCUAAACUUCAAAAGCUGAAGAUGGCAGAAGGCUACAUUUUAAUAGAAGCCUUGUUGAAGAUAAAUAGCCUAGCUCCAAGCCACAGGUUGAAGCAAUAGAUGAUAUUUAUUUAUCUUAUAGCACACAUAUAUGAUAUAUGUAUGUAUGUAUGUAUGUAUAAUAUAUAGAUAGAUAGAUCCUGUUUGUCACCCAGAAAAUUGUGGUUAGAAUCUUUGUACAGAAGUCCAUGUUUAUUGUAUGUUAUAUUUGGUAAUGAUCUGUUGUUAUAUUGUUCAAUCAAAUAUCCUUAAUUUUCUGUA